AUGGAAGAAGAUUGGAAGCCAAAGGUGGAUAUGAUUUUUGAUAGCUUUGAAGACGCUUGGAAGUUUUGGGUUGAUUAUGGUGGGAAAGUUGGAUUUGGAGUGAGAAAGCAAUAUACUCAUCAUAAUAAAAGUGGCUCAAUUGCGACAUGCAGAUUUGUUUGUUGCAAAGAAGGGUUGCGAAAGCCUGACAAACGUGAUUAUAAAACAAUCAAUGCAAGACCGGAGACAAAAACAGGUUGUAAAGCAAGGUUGGGACUCAAAAAUCUGUGUGGAAAAUUGAUAGUGCAUGACUUUAUAGAGGAACAUAAUCAUAUUUUGCAUCUACAAGAAACAACUCAUAUGUUGUCAUCUCAAAGAAAAGUUUCUGAAGUUCAAUGUCAUCAAAUUGAUGUAGCAGAUGAUGCUGGCCUACAACAAAGGAAGACGUUUGAUUUGAUGAGUAAGCAAGUGGGAGACUCUUUCAAGUGGCUCUUUGAGAAGUUUCUAGAGGCACAUAAGCAAAAAACGCCUCAAACUGUUUUUACUAAUCAAGACCAAGCAAUGAUGAAAGCAUUAGCUGAGGUUAUGCCUGGAGCUUAUCAUGGUCUAUGUACAUGGCACUUGAUGCAAAAUGGCAUCAAAUACUUAGGAAAUUUAAUGAAGGGUAAAUCUCAUUUUCUUACUGACUUUCAAAAGUGCAUGUAUGGGUAUGAAGAUGAAGAAAAAUUUGAGGAAGGUUGGAGAACCCUUCUUGCAAAGUUUGAUGUUGAAGAAAACGCUUGGUUGCAAAGAAUGUACACAAUGAAGGAAAAGUGGGCUUAUUGUCACAUGAAGAAGACUUUCUCAUUGGGAAUGCGAAGUACCCAAAUUAGCGAAAGUGUAAAUGCUGAGAUUAAAGGUUUUACAAAUGUGAAUUUAGACAUUAUCAAGUUUUUUAAGCGUUUUGAGGAUGUUGGAGAAGAAAAGAGGUACAAUGAAUUGAAGUGUGAAUAUGAAGCACGCCAAAAGAUUCCCAAACUCAAGAACAUAUAUUCCAAUAUAUUGAAACAAGUGUCUGAGCUUUAUACUCCCACUAUUUUUGAUAUAUUCCAAAAGGGUUAA